UUGAAGUUUAUAGGUUAGGUUUCUUAAAAUUUCACUUCGUACACGAUAGAAUAUAUUAUUUUCAGUGCUCAUAUGUGAAAAUAUAGUCUGUUUUAAUAAGAUAUUACCUGUAAAUUUUAAAUAUAUUUUCAUAAAAUAAGUUUUCGUUAUCAUUUCUGUUAUAAGAUUACGUAUACAUUGUUUUAUUUAGAUUGUUGUUACCAGGUGAAUUACACAUAUUUAAGUAUGUACAUAAGUUAUAAAAAUAUCAAGAAUAACAAGAGGACAACAUUUAUAAAGCUUUUAUAUAAUCUGAUAAGUUUUAUAAGCUUACAUUUAAAUACGAGUAAAGCAAGAAUAUAUAAAGGUUUAUACGAUCAAAGAUAUUGUUCAGCAAAAUUCUGGUUUAAGAAUAUAAAGCUUUUAUAGUUGAAUGCUAGAAAAAUAUUGUGAAUAAUUGUACUGUACUAUACAAAUAUUUUAUGAAUAAUGGAAACAGAAGAAAUUUAUAGUUUUACAAUUACACCACCCAUUGUAUCAAGAUUUGCAGUUCAAUGGUCUCAAGACAAUCAUAUAUCGAUCAUUAGUGAGAAGGGAAUUCAUAUAUUUGAAUUAAUACCUACUCCAAUGUCUCCUCACUCAACUAUAAAAUUUUCUCGAUCUUUCAUUUACGUGCCAUCGAGUUUUCCAACAGAAAUAAUAAUGAAUAAAAUAGAAUCUAGAAUGUACAACAUGCACCAUGAAGCAGUUUAUUCACUUUUAAUGGAAGAAAGUCUGACUCCAAAAAUAUCUAAUGUUAGGGAGAUGAUUCCAAAAAUAGCUGAUUUAGAGUGGUCACCACAAAAUCUAAUACAUCCAAGCAAAUGCUUUCUUGCAAUUUUAACAUCGACAGGUGCUAUUACAAUUGUCCACAAAAUUUCUACAGAUUGGUACCCUGCAUAUGACUUGUGCUCUAUACGCUAUAGGGCUAUAAAGGACGAAAUUAAUACAAAGUUAGAAGAUAUUAGGAGCAACAAUAUUUCGUUUCUAAUGUUAAAAAAUUGCAUUAAAGCCCUACAAGCUUCUUGUAUGACUUGGAGCACACUCCUUGUAGAUUAUGCGUACCUUGCUGUUGCUUAUUACAAUGGAGACAUAGUUAUUUAUAAAUUUCCAAAGAUGUCAGAUUAUGAUCAAAUAUCUGAUCUGAAGAUUGCAGGUACAAUACGAUUAAAUGAAAAUGUUAAAAUAAAUGUUCUACAUUGGAUUACAAUUGAUAUAAAAGAACAUAUAAUUAUGGUUGGAUAUUUUGACGGACGUAUUUACGGUCUUAAAAUUAAAGAACAUGACCAGGCAAUUGAACUUGAAUCCCUUAUUAAAUAUUAUGAUUAUACAGAUCGUAUUCCUAUUAGUGCUAUAAGAAUGUUUCCACAAGUUGAUUCGAUUACAAAAGUUCUUGUUUCAAAAGGAACAUUUCUUUUUUUAUUGACUUUUACAAUAAAAGGAAUACUAAAGAGUAUACAACACUUGCAAUUAGAAGGAUUCAUGGUUUCAGGAGUAAUUUGUGUCAGUGCAGAUUAUGCACUAGUUACAACAGAGAAUAGUUCUAUGUUUGCAAUUGAUACACGAGAAAAUAAUUUCUUAAAAAUUGAAGUCAAGAAUGGAUUGCAACAAGCUCAUGUACGAUAUCUGGGUCUUGCUCAUUCUUCAAGUUAUGUGAUAUUUGUAAAUAUAACUUCUCCAAAUACUCUAUAUGAUCAUUUAGUAAUAAAAGAACCAAGCAAAAUACAUAUGUUUUGCUUGAAAAGCGAGGAUUGGGAUCCAUUGUUUGUAUUGCAUAAAAAUAAAAAAGUAAGAUUUGAACAGCUAUGGGACUGUUUAGAAAUAAUUAGGAUGAAAGCGACUAAAGCAGCGGAACCCGCAUCUGUAUUGCCAAAAGUAUCAUCCAACUUGGAAUAUUUGUCUUUACAUGAAUUACGAAUAGCAAUGUGGAUAUCGGUGAUAAUGGAAAUUUGUGAGAAAAAAAAAAUAAUUCAAGGGAUAGGAAGUAUAGCUGGAGAGAUAUCGGAAGUGCAGCCUUUAAUUUUCGUCCAUUCUGCUUGUAAUUAUCUCGAGCAACUUGAAAAUAAAUUUUCUUUGCUCGAAGAACACAAGGUCUCUAUAAACUUAUUAAGAAUGUAUUUGGAAGUAUAUCUUGCAGGAGAAGAAAAUGAAGAAGUAACUCCGCUUUCCAAGCGUGUUAAAGAUAUUUUACAGAAAGUAUUAAAAUUCAGUUCAAAUAUCGUUGAGUCUUGCAAUUUGUGUGGAGAAAUGAUAAAUGAUCUUUCUUGGAAAGUGACUAAAUGUACACAGGGUCAUAUACUGCCUAGAUGCGCUAUUACUCUUUUACAAAUAACUACUGUGCACUACAGAAUGUGCCAAAUAUGUGGUUUAAUUUUUCAUCCAUGUUUGGACCAUGUGUUUCAAGAAACAAGGUGUCUUUUUUGUGAUGUACCCGCGAUCCAGGAAAAUAGAGUAUUAAACUCAAAGUCUUACAUCUCUAUAGAGAAAAGUUUAUCUAGACAACAGAAUUAUACUUCAGAACCAGCAGAAGAUCAAUAAAUAAAGGUAAUAACCGAAGAAUCUUGAAAUACAUGUACUUGAAGUACAAUUUGAGAUAUGAAUUCAAACAUUUGAAACUGAUAUUUAACUUAAAAGUAUCAGGAAAUUUUUAAGAUAGAAUACAUUUUGUAUU